GGGGCGGGCUGCAGCGCGACGGCUGCGCCGAGCGCGAGGAGGAGCUGCUGCUGGUGCUGCUGCUGGCGAGCGGGCUUGUCGUCUCCCGUGCUGCCGUCGGGGCAAACCCAGCCUCCGCCUUCCGCGAGCCAAUUUCUACUGCGCCACAAAAUCCAGCCGCCGCAAUGGCUCCGCUGACGGUGAAGGCCUACCUGCUGGGCAAGGAGGAGACGACCCGCGAGAUCCGCCGCUUCGCUCUCGACUUGCCCGCCCGCUACCAACCCAUCCGGGACAAGAUCGCGGACCUGUUCCAGGGCUUGCUUCGCAAUGGCGCAGCCGCCACGGGCGCCUUUCAGAUGUAUUAUAAGGAUGAAGAUGGAGAUAUGGUUGCCUUUUCCAGUGAUGAGGAACUGAAGCUGGCUCUACCCUGUGCAAAAGAUGGCGUGUUUCGUGUUUUUGUUAAAGAGAAAAAGGAACUUAAGCGCGACCAUCUGCACCGUCAGUCCUGCAGCCAGGAGCGUCCCCCAAACGUGGUGCAUCCCAAUGUGAUCUGCGAUGGCUGCGAUGGCCCCGUGGUGGGUGCCAGGUUCAAAUGCACUGUCUGUUCAGACUAUGAUUUGUGCAGUGCUUGCGAAGGAAAAGGAACCCAUAAGGAACACAACAUGAUCAUGUUUCCAAGUCCAUUGGUCAACCCGCUUGAGUGGCUUCCUCGAGGACGUUGGCUUCGCAAGAUGAAACAUGGUGUGUCACCAUUUCCAUGGAUGCAGGCCUGGGGGCAGCCUUGUCCUGCUCGCCAGUGUCAGACCUCUGGUGAGGCAGAAGCUAAUGCUGCUCCACAGAAUGCUGCUCCUGAGCAAGAAGAAGCCUCCAGCAGUCAGUCUCAGGAUCAAAAUGUCACCUUUCUGAAGAAUGUUGGAGAAAGCGUUGCUGCAUUCCUGAGUCCACUUGGCAUUGAAGUUGAUAUCGAUGUGGAGCAUGAGGGCCAAAGAACUAAAGUGUCACCCAGCCAGCCCAGCUCUGAGGCGAGCAGUUCCAGACCUGGCAGUUCCAGUGACCCAACCAGACCAAAAGGAAAUAGCAAAGGGAAACCGGCUUCAGAUGCAGGAGAUAUUACAGAGCAAAUGCAGGAGAUGAUGGUAUGUUCUCCCAUUACACAGAUGGAAGACGACAAUCUUUUGUCACAGGAGCCAGGUGAAUCUGGUAGUUCAGCAGGAGAUGAGGACUGGACCCAUUUAUCUCCAAAGGAAGUAGACCCUUCGACUGGUGAACUGCAGUCCUUACAAAUGCUAGAGACAGACGGUCCAAGCUGCCCAAAUCCAACUGAAGCUCCUGUUAAUGCUGGACCAACUGGCUUGCGAGAGGCUGCACACUACCCUCAUCUUCCACCAGAAGCAGAUCCCCGUCUGAUCGAAUCCUUGUCCCAGAUGCUGUCCAUGGGAUUUUCGGAUGAAGGAGGCUGGCUCACUCACCUGCUGCAUUCCCGGAACUAUGACAUAGGAGCAGCUCUGGAUGCCAUCCAGUAUGCCAAGCACUCACGAGCUCCAAAGUAGCACCUGUGCAGCCCUGCAAUUCUUAAAGCAGAUGGUUAACGCUUGUUCCAUAAAGCAUCCUUUUUGUAUCUCUUCCUUUCUCUCACUGCAAAAAGCUGUUAUUCCUAUACUGUAAAAAUAAAGGUACCACACCAACAUUCA